UUUUUUCUGCAUCGCACGUCCAUCGCGAUAAAAUAGAAGAGCGCACUCUCUGUUGUGUUGUUAGCUAAAGGUGCUUCGGAAACUUGUUUUGAAUGGAUCCAGAUAGGAAAAUUCCCGUGACGUAGAUUAGAUUUUGUGGUGUAAAAUUUGGUUUUGAAAAUUAUGCUAAAACACUUGUUGUACUACAUUUGCUUCACAGCGAUUAUCACAGUCGCCGAACAAGACGACUGGAAAGGUAAAUGGUUCCCGAAUGUUCCAGACUCCACCAAUGGCAUCAUUCAACAGGACGAACACGGCCGGAUACUGAUGGGGGUGCAGAAUCCGGAUUGUGACGAUGCCCACAAGAACCUGUCGAUGGAUUUCGAUCCGUACGACGUCCGCCACUCGACGGUUUAUUUGUGUUUGGAUAACAGGCAUGACUAUCGGGGCGAUUACAAUAUGGAACCGCUGAUAACGCUGUACGACAUUCCGGACACGUACGUGGCUAUCCACAAGUGUAUGAAUACUAGCAUCGAGUACGACGAGCGGAUUCCAACUUUUGGAACGCAUCGCCCUCUCUGGCCACGGUAUGGAGAAUACAAAUACGUCCCGACUCAACGUUGGCUGCACAAUGCGGAGCACGGUGCAGUCAUUGCCCUCUAUCAUCCCUGUGCGAACAAGGACCAAGUGGAGCAACUGAAGACAAUCGUUAGGAGUUGCCUCUACAGACAUGUGAUUACUCCUUCCCUACUUCCGUCCAAGGAUCGUCCGUUUGCGCUGGUGUCCUGGGGGGCGUUGUUGGAGUUUUCCGUGCUGCAACGGGAGGUGGUAGAGGAUUUCAUUCGGGAACAUGCCCUGAGGGGUCCGGAACAAACAGCCCGUGAUGGACAGUACGAUCAUUUGCUGUUGGCGCCGGCUGAGGUCGUGUCCACCAUCGACGAUGCAGAACUCUGCCCCAAGCAACAUCGACGAAGGGACUGAACACGAUGAUGUAUGAACUUCCUCAAACAACCAAUUUGCCAUCAUUUCGCAGCAGUGAUAUUCCAGAAUCUUUUGAAGAGCAGUUUUAAACGUACUAUACUACUUCAAUGAAGACCAAUCACAAGGAAAGAAAUAGCUAAAAUAAUGUACAAUGUGUGUAACAGUGAUGUGCUGGAUUUUACCAUUUAUUGGUGUUUUGAAUUCUAGAUAGAGCAGCUUAUAUAAGUGUAAACAUAUAUUCAAAUGUCGUGAUAAAGCUGAUUUGUAUAAGCCCAUUUUUCUAUUUUGCAUGGAAACAAAAGACUAAAGUUAUUGCGAAUAUAAAUCAACAUGUAUAAUUAUGGUAUUGUAAUAUGGUAUGCAUUA